AUGCUUACGUCAGAUUUAUCAAUAACAUUAGAACUUAAACGGCAAUUGGAUUUUGCACGUUUUGUUAUUGAACAAUCAAAUCAUGCAGAACGUUGUCAGUUCAUUGAGCGGUUAUUACCAAGUUGUAGUGUUGCUCAAAUUGACUUUUUAUGGUCAGUUCUGCAGCAAACAUUGCAUCGAGAUUAUUACUAUUCCGUGAUGAAUAAUUAUCCAAAUUACCACUUCAAACGUAUUAGUACGCCAGUAAGCCGUGUACUAAAGGAAAUUCAUAAACGACCAUAUGAUAGAGACGAAAGUUUUUAUCUUUCAUCUACUAACGAUCUACGUCAAUUUCAAGAAGAAGGUACUAUUCAACCACCACAUUCGUCAUUUGCACAGUCAAUUAAUAGUACUGGUAUAUGCACAAAUAAAGGCAUAUAG